GCCAGUUAAGCUCCUCAACAUCCCCGGCUGAGCGCUUCCUCUCUCAGCCUUCAGCCGAGCGGACCUGGCCAGGCUGCCCGGGUCUCCACCGACCACCAGCAGCCGCCUCUCUGCCGCAUUUUCUGGGGGGGGAGGGUGGUUGAAACCAGGCUUGGAGGUGGAAACUGUAUCAGCUCAUGUGUGUUUAAGUUAAACCGGGAGGAGCGAUGUCUUCGCCGGGUUUCACGAACCUGAACAGCUCCGCCGGCUACAGCCAGAACUCGACGCCGAACGGCGGAGCUGCCGCGCCGGCCUGCAGGAACGGUCCAGCACAGACAUACCAAUCCAUGUAUCCCCCUCCUACAGGCUGUUAUGGAGCCCCGCCUCAACAACAGAGCUACCCUACCAUCCCUGCCCACUCCUCCACACCUGCUCCCAACAAAGCACCAAUUACGAACAGUUCCCACAGUGCUAACUACUACCAGAGCAACCAUCAGCAGCAGCAGCAGCACGUCCCUCAGCAUCAUGUAGCACCCUCCCCAUACAGUGCUCCCUCGAGGUCUGUCCCUCCUUCUCAGCCAUACGCCGCCAUCCCUUCUUCAGGACCACCACCACCGCCACCAUCGAAUGCCCAGUACAACCAUCAGCAGCAUCCACUGUAUGCCACUCCAGGAUCCUACUAUGGACAGCAGUCGUACCACGCUCCACCAGCGCAGCAGCAGCAGCAGCAGCAGCAGCCCAGUUUGGUGCCUGCACCAGCUGCUGGCCCCGGAGCUCCCCUCUACCCAAUUGUUUCGUACCCGUCUGCGCCAGGAAGUAGCCAGUACGGCACCCUGAGUUCCACCCAGAACACCUCCGCACCUGGAGUCAUGCCCACCCAGAUGGGUGCACCUCUACAUCAGUACAACACCUUUCAGCCAGCCUCCACUACAGCAGUGCAGCCUGGGUACGGCGUGGCUCCUCCCAGUCAGCUGGUGCCAACGGUUAAUGGUCAAGGAAGCUCAGCUCACCAACACUACGACCAGAGCCACAAGGCUUCUCUGAGCUACGACUCCUACGGCGGGGUCACUCACAGCAGCAGCGGUGGUGACGCAGACCGCCUGUCCUCAGGAACCCCCUCCACUUCAGUCCAUUCCUCGCCGGGUCGCCAACAAGGCAUGCAGUAUGGAUAUGUUGCUAAUAGUGGAGCUAGCUCUGCCUCUGCCACCACCUCAGGCCCAGCCGCAGCCCCCUCGUCAUCCAGCUCUGAUGAUGAUGAGGAUGAGGAGGAGGAGGAGGAGGAGGAGGAGGAUGAGGAAGCAGGUGGUGACACUUCCUCUUCCUCGACUGGCAGUGCCUCUCCGGUGCCCAACAGCUACGAUUCCCUAGAAGGGGGAAACUAUCCAGAUUCAAUGCCGCCCUCCAGUGACAUGACCAACCAGGCUGCGCCCUACGGUAACUAUGGUUACCCCAGCAUGCAGCCAGCCUAUCGACAGGGGCCGGCCGCCUCGCGCACUGACUCUUCACCCUCUCACGACCCGUACAGCCAGUCAGGUUACCAGCAGUACUCCCAGCAGCCUUUCCCAACCAUGUCCCAGCUGUCUGCAGCCCUGGGGGGGCUGAGCGGGGUGCCAGAGCUGGAGGUGGAGGCCCUGAGGCCCGUCAACCUGCUGCAGGAGAGGAAUCUGCUACCACCCAGGCCCCUUGAAGGUCCAGAACCCAACCUCACCCCCGACCUCAAGAAGGUCAACUGUAGCCCACAGACAUUCAGGUGCACCCUGACCAGCAUCCCUCAGACCCAGGCGUUACUCAACAAGGCCAGGCUCCCUCUGGGCCUCCUCCUCCAUCCCUUCAGAGACUUACAGCAGCUACCAGUGAUCACGUCGAACACGAUAGUGCGCUGUCGCUCCUGUCGCACCUACAUCAAUCCGUUUGUCACCUUCCUGGACCAGCGCAGGUGGAAGUGUAACCUCUGUUACCGGGUCAACGAUGUUCCAGAUGAGUUCAUGUACAACCCCGUCACCAGGUCGUACGGCGAGCCCCAUAAGAGACCAGAGGUCCAGAACUCCACCGUGGAGUUCAUCGCCUCCUCAGACUACAUGUUGCGGCCUCCUCAGCCUGCCGCCUACCUGUUUGUCCUCGAUGUUUCUCACAACGCGGUGGAAGCGGGCUACCUGAAGUACUUCUGUGAAUCACUACUGGAGAACCUGGAUAAGUUGCCAGGGGAUACACGAACCAGGGUGGGCUUCCUCACCUUCGACAACACCAUCCACUUCUACAACCUGCAGGAGGGACUGUCCCAGCCGCAGAUGCUGGUGGUGUCAGACAUAGACGACGUCUUCAUACCGUCUCACGACAGUCUGAUGGUGAACCUAAAGGAAAGCAAAGAGCUGGUGAAGGACCUGCUGACGUCGCUGCCAGCCAUGUUCAGCCAGAGCAGAGAGACCCACAGCGCCCUCGGCCCGGCGCUUCAAGCCGCCUUCAAGCUCAUGUCGCCCACCGGGGGCCGCGUCACCGUGUUUCAGACCCAGCUGCCGACGCUGGGUGCCGGUGCGCUGCAGUCGAGGGAAGACCCCAACCAGCGCUCGAGCACGAAGGGAGUCCAGCACCUCGGCCCGGCCACAGACUUCUAUAAGAAACUCGCACUGGACUGUUCGGGUCAACAAAUCGGGGUGGAUCUUUUCCUGCUCAGCUCUCAGUACGCUGACCUCGCCUCGCUAUCGUGUAUCUCCAGAUAUUCAGCGGGCAGCAUCUUUUACUACCCCUCCUUCCAUUACAUCCACAAUCCGGCUCAGUUAGAGAAGUUCCAGAGAGAUCUGGAGCGCUACCUCACCAGGAAGAUCGGCUUCGAGGCCGUCAUGAGAAUACGAUGCACUAAAGGUUUAUCCAUCCAUACGUUCCACGGCAACUUCUUCGUGCGCUCCACCGACCUGCUGUCCCUGGCCAAUGUGAAUCCAGACUCCGCCUUCGCUGUCCAGAUGUCUAUUGAAGACUCUCUGGCAGACUCGUCUCUGGCCUGCUUUCAGGCCGCUCUGCUCUACACCUCCAGUAAAGGAAAACGACGAAUUCGGGUCCAUACCAUGUGUCUGCCGGUGGUCAACCAGCUGAGUGACGUGUAUGCCGGAGCUGAUGUUCAGGCCAUCACGUGUCUGUUAGCCAACAUGGCGAUCGACCGGUCGAUAACGUCCAGCCUGUCGGACGCUCGUGACGCGCUGGUGAACGCGGUGGUGGAUUUGGCGAGCACCUACAAGAGCAACGUGUCGAACCUGCAGCAGUCUGGCCUCGUCUUGCCCGCCGCCAUGAGCCUCUUCCCUGUUUACAUCCUGUCUCUGCUCAAACAGAAAGCCUUGCGGACCGGCACCAGCACCCGGCUCGACGAGCGGGUCUUCGCCAUGUGCGAGUUCAAGACGCAGCCGCUGCAGCAGAUGAUGCGGAUGGUUCAUCCUGACUUGUACCGGCUGGACAACAUGUCUGACCAGGGGGCGCUCCAUCUGAACGACACAGUGGUUCCCCAGCCUCAUCUGCUCCACCUGUCUGCCGAGAGGCUGAGCAGAGAUGGAGCUUUCCUCAUGGACUGCGGCUACGUGUUUUAUCUGUGGAUCGGCAAAUCCUGCAGCGAGAUGUUCAUCCGGGAUGUUCUGGGCUGCCCUAACUACGCUUCGAUACCCCCCAACAUGAGUCACAUUCCCGACCUGGAGACUCUUCUGUCCGAGAGAGUGCGAGCGUUCCUCGACUGGCUGCAGGACAACCGAGCGUUCAGCUCCAUGAUACACGUCGUCAAGGACGACACUUCAGCUAAAGCCACUUUCUUUCAGCACCUGGUGGAGGAUCGGACCGAUUCGGCUUCUUCUUACUACGAGUUCCUGCAGCACGUUCAGCAGCAAAUGUCCAAGUAGGCUCCCAUCACACAGAGACAAACAUCCGGCGGCUCGAAUCCUCAAACCAGGGAGCGAUGAGAGAAAAAAGUGAACUAGCCAACGAUGGACGCCCAUCGCUCCUUCAGACCGAGUUUAGUGAGGUGGGUCGCCUCCCGUUCCUCCUUAUUAAACAUAUCCACCCUCGGAGUUCAUCGGUCAGUCUGGAUUUGACCUUCAGAAACGGGAGGAAGGGGAUAGUCUUAGAAAAUCAAGUCCAGAAAUGAAUAAAAACGAAGAAGGAAGGAACAUGAAUUAUUGAAACGCUCCUCCAGCGUCUCCGCGCUGCCUCGUAACCGCUGUCGAAUCCCCUGUUUAGCUUCUGGUCCAUCGCUGCUGAGAAAAGAAGAAGGGGAACGUCGAGCCAAGAAGAUGCCACUUCAGCACGUCUUAGUUUGUUUUUUCGUGAGCCUCACAUGUAGCUAGUGUUUUGUUUUGUUCAUUUUAUAAUUUAUUCCCCUCCUCACGCCCUCGGUUUUACUUUGAGACUAUUUUUUGAAUACACUGGAGAACAGAAACAUUCCUCGUGUUGUUGUUAUUUUUUGUUUUUGGCAUGUGCUUUGAAAUCCGAAACGCAUGUCAUCGUUUUGUUUGCUGCUAGUCUGAGGACAGACGGCGACUCGUCUGCGUAACAGGAAUAUAACUGGACAGUGUUUGGAUGUCGAACCCCCCCCGCUCCACGUCGGCUCUUCCCGAGAUCAAACUUCGAACACACCCACGCCAUCACUGUCAACAAUCUUCUUCUCAUUUGUUUUAUUUUUUUCCAGGCGCUAACUGAAGUUGCUAUCCACUUUGUAACUAUUGAAAAAAAAAAUAUCUUUUAUGUGCGAUAAUUUAUGAACCAGCUUAUUAAAUAAAAACCAAAAACAGAA